UAUUCCUUUCUAAGUGUAGUAUUUUGCAUUUGUCCUUGUUGAAUUUCAUCCUGUUUAUUUCAGACCAUUUCUCCUGUUUGUCAAGAUCACUUUGAAUUCUGAUCCUGUCCUCUGAAGUGCUUGCAACCUUUCCCAGCCUGGUAUCAUCUGCCAUCUUUCUAUCUCCAGGGUGGUGGUGGUGGUGAUUCUGCCUAGAUCUUUCAGUCCUCCUGAGAAGAGGAGAGCUGUUGCUCAGAGCCCAUCAGUCCCAGCAGUGCUGCUAUAGCUCUGAUUAACAUUCCUUUCAUAAACCAAGUGAUAAAAAGGGAGGAUUCCUUAACUCUCUUCUAAAUCUUCCUGUGGCAGUGUUGAUUGACUGCCCGUGUGCAAUUUAAAAAAAAUAUAUAGGGAUAGAACUGGAGGAGCUCCCCCACCCCUUCAAUUGAUGUCAUGACCACCAGCAUUCAGCUUUGGAUUAAAUCACAGUGACAGUUCACUUCAGCAUAAAUCCAGAUCUGAUCUAUCUUUUAGAGUGAGAACAAAGCUUUCAUUCUGAGGUUCUGCAGCUUAAUGUUACACUUGUUUAAACAGCUUCUUUAGGGUUGGGUUUGUCUUUGAGCAGAAUGUCAAAAAGACAGUGUACUGAACAGCUAUAACAGAAUCCACUGCCAACUUCUAUAGCACCUUUCAUGCAAACUCAUCCCUAGGCACUUUAGUGGAACUAAAGACACCAAUUGUGUGAACUGUCGUUUUGUUUUCUUUUGUCCAGUCAAUUUUCUUUAGCCCACUCAAUUCUUCUAUUUAAGUAGAUUAUAUAUUUUGCCCAAUAAGAGCCUUUUCUUCAGAAAAAGAUAGCUGUUAGUGUGAAAAUUUCUUUUAUUCAGUCAUUUCUCCUUUUGACUUGCCCAAACAUCCCCAGCUGCUCUCAGAAUCUUGCUUUGAAAGGAGCUUGUGUUCAGCUUUCAAAUACCUGUUGGGUUUUGAACACUCUCCAAGGGGAAAGAAUUGUCGUUUUUCUUUUAGAAAUACUGGGUUUUGCUUCUGGUUUUAUUGAUGUAGGAAGAACUUUCCCUUCUGGUUAAUCAGAACUUGAAAUGCUAGAACUGCACGAGUUGCCUUUGUAAUUCUGUUUGUGCUGGCGUCCCUUAAUUCCCCUAUUUCCCUCCAGGCAUCGACGCAGAGAGGCCCUGGAAAACAGCCAAUUGCCCAGGCCCUGGAAAACAGCAUCUGAGACGUUCUUGCUGCAGCUCCUACAGUUGUCCAGUAUGGGGCACUUGCAGAAGAACGAUGUUCUAGCUGGCCAUUUUGCUCUAGGGUAGCUGCAUGUGUCUAUACAUGCGAGUACUGGACUUCUUCAUAAAAGAGAAGAAGAGAGCCAUUCAGACAUUUAGGAAGGGGAAGUAGUAUAAUGUUUGGAACAGGGGGUAGGAAUUGGACUUCAGAUUCUAUUCCCAGUUCUGGCACUGAUUUGCUGUGUGGUCUGGGGCAUUUUGCUUCCAUUUACUUUUCUAUAAAAUGGAGUUAAAGGUCAUCCGCUGCGUAGGGAUUGUGAAGCUGAAUGUUUGCAAAGUUUGAGGUCCUCUAAUGAAAGGUGCAAUAAAGUAUGUACAUUUGUUCACUGAGAAAUAACUUCCCUUACUCUCGUCCUGCUCCUUUUAUUCGAUAGGUUCCCAGAUGCAAACACAAGAAUCCCUUCAUGUCAUGUGCCACUAAAAUGCACAGCCAUCUCUGGUGAGGAGGUUUGCAGCCAAGCUGGACAAUCAGCACACAACAGCAUGUGGACAAAUCUUGGCCAGCAUCAUUAGUGAUUCAUUUAGAAUGAGACCCUAUUCUAAUGAGCGGUGGAAAAUGAAGAUCAGGAACUCAAGUUGUUUUGUCAAGCCAAGCCUUAGCGAUUGUUUUGCCUUUUUUAAUAAUAAAAGCAGGUCCCCUUUCAGCAGCAUAUUAUAGAAAGGGUGCUUCUUUCCCAUCUCAGAAUAGUCCAGUCUUUGUCUUCAGUUUCUCUUUCCCACUCCCAAAAUAGAAAUGAGGCCUGUGGAUAUCUGUCUGUGCUAGACCCAGAACAGAAAUACUAAGUUAUGUUUACCACUUAUGAAGUGCUCUUGGGAAGAAAAUUUACUUUUAUCAUCUGUUUUUAGUAUUUAACUGGUCUUCAAUCUCUUGUACUAUUUUACAUUGUAUAGUUCUUGGUUCACACAAAAUCAGUAUCCAGUUUAAUUUAUCUAAAUUGCUACAGCUGCCUCUGAGGUGGAAUAUGACAGCUGUUUAAUAGCUCACAGCAACAGUUUGAAAGAGGAAAUUAACAGUGUCCUCUUGACACUUCAGGGAAAAUAGAAGGACUUCUAAUGUAAUUAUCCAAAUUAGGAUUUAGCCAGGAUGCUGGCUCAAUGUGUCAUGAAAUUAUCAUGACCACAAGUGAUCAGGACCUGUUUUGUAUUCUUGUCCACUACAUUGGAGCUUUGGGGUCAGUGCUGAUUCAAGAGGAGGAGAUCCUUCUUGCAGCACCCUGGAUUUUCUUAGCUGUCUUCCAUCCAAAUACUGACCUAAUCUUGACCUACUUGGCUUGUUAAAUCUGUUCAUCCCCCAAGAUUGUAUAACUGAAGGCUGUGAGUUCCAGUGACACCUCAGGAAGGUGACUGACAUUGGAGCAUGGAAAGGGAAGUGUAGUCCAGUGUGGUGAUUUUUCUCAUCCACAAUAUUUGUAAAGUGGGGGAGAAAAUCAACAGCAAAUUCCUCCAAGUCUGUUUGAGUGGGGGACAGGUAACCGCUGCUCUCAUUUAUAUACUUUAAAUGUUACUUUAAACUUUCUGCCUUAAAAACCAUCUCUGCAGCGGGUAUGUACAUGUUUCUGAAUCCCUCCAGGGAGACGGGGAUCUGAUGAAAGCUGAAGAAAGUAGUACAUGAUAUUAAACGGUUCCCACCCUUCUUCCUAACAUGGUUAAAUUCCCUUUGUUUCCUAGCAUGGCAUUGGCUAAGGAUUUGGCUGCAGAUUUUCAGGCAGCUUGAGAGAGAAAUGAUGACAGCUGGGAGGCUGAGAUAUGAAAAUCUGUCUUUGGAGUUUGUUUGGGUAAAGAGUGAAGGGGAUCUUUAUCGAUAGCAAGAAACCAGAAAUUUAUUUAACCCAAGAUAGUCUGUCAAAUCAGAAAGCGGCUACUGAAGAACUGACUGGCUCAGGAGAACAUGAAUGGGAUGCAGAGCUUUUUGCCUCUCGUCACUGAUCUGAAUCCAAUCUUGGUUAGGAAACCAUAUGUUAAAUCACCGAACAAUUGUCUGUGAAAUAAGAUGCUUUGAUCUGUUUAUGCUCCAACUGCAAUCAAGCAAACUCCACCUGCAAAACAGAUGGGGCUUGCAUGGUCUCCAGCUCCAACCUGGGCGGAGUUGAGCACCACAUCCGGACCUGCAUCCCUAAAGCAGAGCUGAUUCCUGCUGGAAAACCCUUCUACUGCCUGAGUUCAGAAGAUCUGCGGAACACACAUUGCUGCUAUGUUGAUUAUUGCAACGAAAUUGACCUAAAGGUACCCAGUGGUCACGUGAAAGAGAAUGAACCUCAGUCUAGUUGGGGCCCUGUGGAGUUAGUAGCAGUGAUUGCAGGGCCUGUCUUCCUUUUGUUUGUCAUCAUGAUCGUAGUGGUUUUCGUCUUUCAUCACCACCAACGAGUUUAUCACAAUCGUCAGCGGUUGGACAUGGAAGAUCCCUCUUGUGAAAUGUGUCUGUCCAAGGAUAAGACUCUGCAAGAUCUAGUUUAUGAUCUCUCCACUUCUGGCUCUGGCUCAGGUUUGCCACUCUUUGUCCAGCGAACUGUGGCUCGAACCAUUGUCCUGCAGGAGAUCAUUGGAAAAGGCCGCUUUGGUGAGGUGUGGCGUGGCAGGUGGCGUGGAGGUGAUGUGGCUGUGAAAAUCUUCUCUUCACGGGAAGAGCGCUCCUGGUUUAGGGAAGCAGAAAUAUACCAAACUGUCAUGUUGCGACAUGAGAACAUCUUGGGGUUUAUUGCUGCAGAUAACAAAGAUAACGGGACUUGGACUCAGCUGUGGCUUGUCUCUGAUUACCAUGAGCAUGGCUCUCUAUUUGAUUACCUCAACAGAUACACAGUGACCAUUGAGGGGAUGAUUAAACUGGCCCUGUCUGCUGCCAGUGGGUUGGCACACCUACACAUGGAGAUUGUGGGGACACAAGGAAAACCAGGGAUUGCACACAGGGACUUGAAAUCCAAGAACAUCCUGGUGAAGAAGAACGGCAUGUGUGCCAUUGCUGACCUGGGUCUGGCUGUCCGGCAUGAUUCUGUUACCGACACCAUUGAUAUUGCACCAAAUCAAAGGGUUGGAACCAAACGAUACAUGGCCCCUGAGGUCUUGGAUGAAACCAUUAACAUGAAGCAUUUUGAUUCAUUUAAAUGUGCUGAUAUCUAUGCCCUUGGCCUGGUCUAUUGGGAGAUUGCUCGUAGGUGCAGUUCAGGAGGUAUCCAUGAAGAAUAUCAACUCCCAUACUAUGACCUUGUGCCCUCUGACCCCUCCAUUGAGGAGAUGCGGAAGGUUGUGUGUGAUCAGAAGCUGCGCCCCAACAUCCCUAACUGGUGGCAGAGUUAUGAGGCGUUACGAGUGAUGGGCAAGAUGAUGCGCGAGUGCUGGUAUGCCAAUGGUGCAGCUCGGCUAACGGCCCUCCGCAUUAAGAAAACACUCUCUCAGCUCAGCAUCCAGGAAGAUGUGAAGAUCUAGCCCACAAGUUGCAGCAUGAGGAAGCUGCUCAAAAGCUGCCAUGAUAGACGGGAUUGAGGCCUACCUCGUGUUUCUACCCAACCUACUGCUACCGACCAGGCCGUGUGACCUAUGGGCUGCUAGCCAGGGAGGACAGAGCCUAUUACAAGAAAUGUUCUUUUCCUGGUUUGGGUAUGAAACAAACAGAAACCUUUUAUAACCACCUCCUGACAGCGUGGAGACUUGAGAGGGAUUUGUGCGGAUGGCUCUUGCCAUGACCAUAACUUUUGUUCCUUUGAUGGAAAUCCCUGUGUAGUCCAGUGAAUAUGGCACGUUCGUUGGGAAGCGUUCAGGGCCUGGGAGUGGGGAGGGAAAGGGACGGUGGUAUUGCCAUACCUGCAGGUUUUCCAGGGACUGGCACAGACACACAGAGGCAUUGGCUUCAUAAACCCAUUGCUCCUUCUUUUGAGCUUGAAAAAUUCAAAGUCAGACUGGCUGCUUGUGUGUGUUUGUGUGUAUGUGUGAGUGCAAGUGUGUGCAUGUGCAAAGCCAUGUGUGCCCUGUGCCUGCUCAGUCCCCCUUAGACGUGCAGAGUAUCUGCUUGUAGAUUCGCACAUUCCUGUUUGUGUUUUUCUGUGCAUGUGCAAGUCCAAAGUGUCCUCUUCGGAGCUACGCGUGCUGGUGCCUUGCCUGUCCAGUAGUGAGCAUUAUCUAGCUUGAAUAGGCUACUUACAGCCAGAUCCUUCUUUCUCCUGGAGCAGGGCUCUAUCCUGCCAGUUGUACACCAGCUGCAGGAACUUUCUGUCAAGUUGCCUCACUGCCAUCCCUCUCCUUUUUAAAGCGGGUACUGAUUUUUUGUCCCUGAAAUUUAAGCUUCUGUUUUGAAAACCCUGGUUUGUAAUGUGUGGUAGUAUGAAAGGAUUGCCUUGCCAGAGGAGCCAUCCGCGGGAGGGAUGCAAAGGAGACAAGAAGCGUGUCUGAGAGAUUGGAGCUGGCGCUACCCCUGGGUGGAGGGGACCAGGCCACAGGGACAUGCAGGAUAUCAGCCUCUUAGGAGCAUAACCCUUGGAUCUCUCAAAGGGCUUUGGCAGGAACACUCUAUAACUUGGAGCCAAGCAUUUAAAGUCUGAUCUGUGAAGAUCUGUGCCCACGAAAACAAUUGUGCACAGCACCUCUCAAGGAGCACUCGGCACGCUGCAGGAUCUGACCAUUGGCGACUAGGAUUGGAAAUACGUGUAUAUCUUUUAAAUAUACAUAUAUAAAUAUCUCAUAUUCUGGAAGCAGCUGUGUAUAACUCUUCGGGUGGGGUAGGGAGGGGGUAACUGCAUGAAUCUUAUUUUAAUUGAAUAACCAAUCAGGGUGAAGUAGAAUUGAUUUGACUGUUGCCUAGUGAAUGUUAGAAAUAGUCCAGGGCAGAGUCCUGUGUCUGAACUGAAUGCAGCAUUAAAGGCAACAUUAGAAGGCUGGGUUGUGUGAUGGUUAGGGUGUUAUCUGCGCUGUGUAACUGAAGCCAUAACUUUUAACUGGAGUGCAUUUGAUUAUUUUUUAUUUGAUCGGGAGGGUCUGGAUUUUAACUUUUUUUAAUAUUGUUAAUUUUUAUAAGAGAAGAGAAACAAUCUAUAAUUACCUCUCAACCUCUUUGUUUGUAAAGAAAUCACUGCAAAAAAGAAAAAAAAAAUCCAAAUGCACACAGCUGAAUUUACACUGGAACUUUCUACUCGAACCUUGAGCCUGCUCUGUAAGUUGAGCGUUCAUCUCUUCUCUGGCUCGCAGGUUGUUGUUUUUUAACAGACUUUCUGUUCUCACUGUCUCUCUCUUCCCUCGGGCCCCCAUCCCAUCUGUGAUUUAGAUCUGUCAAAUGAGGAGUCUUUUUUGCAUUCUCCCAUUGCUUUUAAAUGACAGGCAGGACAGAGCUGUCUCCUGUCUGCAGCGGUCUGCAUCUUAGACUCUGGGUUCGCGGGGCAGCAUAUGUGCUUGGUGAAUGUACAGCUUCCCCUUCUCAUUGGUUCUGAUUAUUUCUCAGCCAGAAAUUACUGCAUCUCCAAUGUGACUUGUUACUUACUGAACCCUUCUUCUGCAUUGAGAAACCAAGGUGGUGUGUGCCUUAAAAAUACCUACAAGACUCUUCAGCUACUGUGGCGGGACCUUUAGGAUGAGACUUGGGCUGGGGCGGAAGUCUGAGCAACUGAAAUAAACUGCCCUAGAGAGGCCCAUCACACUGAUAAGUAGGGAUUGCCAUCUGGUCUUCCCAUGAGCAUUAAGAAAAUUCUCCCUCCAGAGCACAAGGUCUCCUGUUCCAUUAGCUGUCCAAAGACUUUCUUUAUGACACUAAUUCAGCAAUUUAAUUCCUUGGUUGAUCCGCUCUGCCACCCUCCAACAGUAGCCACACAUGUACCUGCCUCAAUACCAUACCAAACAGCACAUGCCAGAGUUGUACUGGACCCGAAUGUCUAGAAGAGGUGGGGUGGAAGGGGUUGGUAUCACCUUGUGAUAAGGAUUGUGAAACACACUCAGUUCAUAGGUACAGAUAAGAGCAGUCAAACCCUCGCUGGACCCUCUGAAAUGGGAAUAACAAUGUAGCAUUUAUACAGCACUUUUCAUACAACUGUGCAAGAGUGGUGUGCAAACCUUACUUAGCUGACUUGUAGCAAAUCUAGAAAUCACUUUGCCCGGCACUGAAAUGCAGUCUUGUCUGAAGUGAAACACACCAGCUGUUUUCACAGCAUACAGUAACAAAACAAUUGGGUUUAGGCAUUUGGUUCAACCAGGGGAGGUGUUUCAGGUUGAUCAAUGGGAUCAAACUGAGGAAGGGUUUCAGGUCAAAGCUUGUGCCUCUAGUCUUGGACACAAGAUGAAUGGAUGGUACUCUGGCUUCAGAACAGAUCUUUCUGGGUACUUCUCUGCCCCUUUCUAUGUACAUCUUAUUAGAAAAGGACUGUAAAAUAGUCACUUAGACACUUUACCUCUUCAGUAUGCAAAUGUAAAUACAUUGUAAUAUAGGAAAUCUUGUGUUUAAUAUAAGAACAAGCUGUCCAAUUUCUGCUGUACAUUAUUAAAGUUUGUUUUAUUCACACAAA